CAUCGAUUCAACUUACUAUAUUAAAAGAAUGACCAGAAAAUUGACUUUGAAAGUAGAGUUUUGUCGCCCUGAAAUUGUAUUGGAUGACUUUAAGUGCCAAAGUAGCCUUUUUUUUCCAUUAUGGGGUUAGAGAUCUCAAGGGUGAGAGGGUUAAUUUGGUACGUUGGUCUCAUGGAUUUUCUGGAACUUACAAUGCAAUGCAAUAUAUUUCAACAGCAAAUCUUUCUGUUAUCUUUCACUUCCACCUAAGGCAUGUUACACUUUGCUCCAAAACGUUCUGACAUUAUAUACAUAUUGUGAUAUUAACUGAAGGAGAAUAUGACAAAUCAAGGAGGAUAAUAACCUCCUUGGACAAAUAUUGAUAUUUCAGAUCAAAACUUCUUUACAUCAGAUCUACGUAGUUUUGCGCUAGCUUUGAAAAUAGUUAUUUUCGUUUAUUGCGUGUUGCAUCGAAUGUUGUCUGUGUUUUAAUUGUACCUUAUACAAAGGGGAAAAAUUUGUUUUGAAAAUAUGCAUGCUGAAUAGACAUUGCUGUAUCAAUUAUAUCAUAAAGUUGCAUGGAUGUGUACAAUUAUGUUAUACUAGCUAUGCGUGAAAAAGUGGAACAUCUCAAAACAGUAUUUACAAGUUCAUUGUAUUAGGCAACUUUUCAUAGCUCUUUUUAAGAAGUACAAUGAAUAGUGGACCACUGCCCCUAACCUAAGAACUGCAACCCUUUCCAGUAGCCUGUAUGUCGGGUGAGCAACGACAGAAAGGAUUCGAACCCCCAACCUCUUUGUCCACUGGCAGGGUCACUAGCUAUUGAAAGACUGUUCUCUUCUAGUACUUAAGUAUUACAUGACUCUUGCAAACUGUACGAUUCACAUCACUGAAGACUUACUACAAAUAUAAUUGUCAUCUAUCAGAUAGAUUUCAACUUUUAACUCUUAACUUCUCAAUUAAGACAAGAAUAUGUCUUUGCUAGACCCUAUAAGUAAGCAUGUUUGAAACUUAAGAACUCUUUAAGAAAAUUUUGUAUGGAAAAUCUUUUCCACACAGGUACUACUGCGAAUUUUUGCAGAUAUAAUAUCUUGAAUAUUGUCAAAGGAUUAUGGAGGAAUAUGGCUUCGGUGUAGUGCAAAUGAAAUAAAAGGAUAUUUGGUAAAAACAAAUUGUUUCAGAUAUGUGUUGUUUACUAGUGUGAAAAUUCAAAAGGGCACAACAAGUAAGACUAUACUCAUGUAUGACUGGUGUACGUGGCAUGGUAGCCAACACAGACCCGCUGGUUUGCACAUAAAACUUCAAAAGCCUUAAGUACAACACAAUGGGAUUUGCCACUGUUCUUCUUCAACUGCUGUCACUCCAAUGGUCAUCGAAGUGCGUCGAGCAGGUACCCUGCCUUUUGAACGUUUUUGGUCGGCUGAAUUUUCAAAAGCACUUCAUCACAUGAGAGACCUUAUGUCCGGUUGAUAUUUUACCCCUCAUGGCUUAUACCCCCUAGAUAUCAUUGGAAUCAUCCAAAUUCUCGUUGAUUCAGAAUAAUUUUGGAUCAUUUGAUAAUCUACAAAGGGGGGAAAGGGUGGUUGCUAUAACUUUUAUUUUUUCGCCACUUUUGCAUCGUCAGAACAAAGAGUUUUCACAUUGGGUUUGGGACGUGGAGGCUACCUGAAUUUUUUUCUGAGAUUUUUUUCCUUGAUUCGGUAAAAUGGGUAGACUAUUUCUCCAUGUCGUGGGUUUUGCUGUUGUAUUUUUCUUGGCGCUAGAGGAGGGAGCUUUCGCCAAGAAGCGUGCACGGGACGUGAGAUGGCAUUUACUGAGAAACGGGACGAACUGUGAUGUUAAAGCACAACUGGGCGACGUUGUGUCCAUGAUGUGGUACUCGUACAUCGAGGGGAACCGCUCGGCGAUCUAUGACUCCACCUUCCCGUUCGGCCCGGUCCAGUUCCGCCUCGGCAAGGACAGGCACAUCGCCGGCUUCGAGAAGGGGGUGGUCGGCAUGUGCGAGGGAGAGGAGCGGACGAUUUUCAUCCCCUCCGAGGUGGCUUUCCCCGACAUGGCGAUGCCGCCCACUAUAGAGCGACUCCGACGUGCCUGGCCCAUCAUGCGUUUCGUCAAAGCCAACUUUACCUUCGAGACAAUUCUUAGAAAGGUGAUCAAGCCGACUUGGCAGGAGAAGGCCAUGACAGGUGUGUACGUGUUCGCGCCCUUCACCGUGGCGGUCGCCGUCAUCUGUUAUCUGGUCCUUAAAGUCGCCAAGACGCCGGACGAGAAGAAAGUCCUCAAGGAACAGCGUCUUCAAAAGAAGAAGGGGCAGGGGAAGAAAGUGAAGAAGAAUUGACGCGCUAUUUUGUGUGUUACGUUGAAGAGUUCAAUCAAUAGUAACUUUAGGAGACAGGGAAGUAAGCUAUACACGUAGCGCCUCCAUGCGGCUACUUUAGACACUGCAAUAUGUUUAAACUUUUGUCAGCCGUUUUGUUAUAUCUUCUGUAUCUGCAUGACUAUCUGUAUCUGUAGAGCCUUUUGCCUUUUGACGUAACACAUCAACUUUGCAGGCACGCAGCGCAGUAGCAGCUGGUUAUAUUACUCUGAGCGACUUGUCACAUGCGCCUAAUCCAUGCACAUUGAUGAAGAUUAUGUAACGUUAACACUCUUUUACAAGGCAAAUGCAAACUAAUGAAGUUCUUGUCACUGAAAAUUUAACAACCAUAUAAAAAAGCACCGAUUACCAUGUAAUUCAGAUCAGUUUUGCACUGCAAUGUGAUUUUGGAUGCUUUAUGAAUAAAGUUUAUGAAUUCGUGUAGUGAGGUCACUAUAUUUUUGUGUCAUCAUU